CUAUUCCUCCCACUGACUAAUGAUGGGGCACUAUUCCUCCCACUGAUACCAAUGAUGGGGUGCUAUUCCUCCCACUGACACCAAUGAUGGGGCAUGAUUCCUCCCACUGACACCAAUGAUGGGGCACUAUUCCUCCCACUGACAUUAAUGAUGGGACACUAUUCCUCACACACUGACACUACUGAUGGGGCACCCUUAGUGUCAGUGGGAGGAGUAGUGCCUCAUCAUUGGUAUCAGUGGGAGGAAUAGUGCCCCAUCCCCAUCAUUGGAAUACCAUACUGAAAUACCAUACCAUAUUGAAUCAAAUCUGAUG